AUGUACCGAGACUUCGGAGAACCGGGACCGAGCUCCGGGGCUGGCAGCGCGUACGGUCGUCCCGCGCAGGCCCCACAAGCUCAGGCGCAGGCCGCCCAGCAGCAGAAAUUCCACCUUGUGCCAAGCAUCAAUGCUGUCAGUGGCAGCCAGGAACUGCAGUGGAUGGUGCAGCCUCAUUUCCUGGGGCCUGGUGGCUAUCCCCGACCUCUGACCUAUCCCCAGUACAGCCCCCCUCAGCCCCGGCCAGGAGUCAUACGAGCCCUAGGGCCACCUCCAGGGGUGCGUCGCAGACCCUGCGAGCAGAUCAGCCCCGAGGAGGAAGAACGCCGCAGAGUGAGGCGUGAACGCAACAAAUUAGCAGCGGCUAAGUGCAGAAACCGGAGAAAGGAACUGACAGACUUCCUACAGGCGGAGACCGACAAACUGGAGGAUGAGAAAUCGGGCCUGCAGCGGGAAAUUGAAGAGCUGCAGAAGCAGAAGGAGCGUCUUGAGCUGGUGCUGGAAGCCCAUCGCCCCAUCUGCAAAAUCCCCGAAGGAGAUAAGGACACAGGUGGUACCAGCGGCACCAGCGGCACCAGCGGCACCAGCAGCCCACCAGCCCCCUGCCGCCCCGUACCUUGUAUUUCCCUUUCUCCGGGGCCUGUACUUGAACCCGAAGCACUUCAUACCCCCACGCUCAUGACCACACCCUCUCUGACUCCCUUUACUCCCAGCCUGGUUUUCACCUACCCUAGCACACCAGAACCUUGCUCCUCAGCUCAUCGAAAAAGUAGCAGCAGCAGCGGUGACCCCUCCUCUGAUCCCCUGGGUUCUCCCACACUCCUGGCUUUGUGA